AUCCAUGCAAUUCCUGUCUAUUACAUGAGAGAAUCCCACUAUACCUUCUUUAACCCAAAAAGAAACAGCAUCUACCAAUACUAAUCUCAGAAUUCUUCACCACCUUUCUUCAACUUUAUUAUCUUCCCAUUUUGGCACCUCUAUCUCAAUAUUUUUCAGUGGGGUAGCUAGUUUGUUUGUGGUUGAGCAGUGCUGACAAUCCAAAUGCUGGGAGGCACUAAGCCUUAUAAUGGUCUGUAACUGACAUCCAAGCUUCACCAGCAUAAGAAGUGCUUAUUCCAGAAGUUGGGUUGUGUGCUUCAUUUUCAUAGAGAAAGCAGGAUGAGGUUUCUGCACAACUUGGGUUUCUUCUGUAUUCUUUUUCUUGUUUCACCACUUUUCACUUCAUCCCAAGAACAUGUGAAAGGUGUAAGCAAUCACAAAGAACACAUUCAUAAGCACAUGAGUCGCAAACUAUCAUUCGAAAUUAAGCUUCAUGGGUUUCUGCUUUGGGCUUCAAUGGGGUUCUUGACGCCGGUAGGACUACUGGCCAUUAGAAUGUCACACAGAGUGCAAUGUAGAAGAAGACUCAGAAUUCUAUUCUAUGUUCAUGCUUUAUCAGAGAUACUCUCUCUACUUCUUUCAACAGCAGGAGCUGUAAUGUCCUUCAGAAACUUCAACAACUCCUUCAACAAUAGGCACCAAAGGAUUGGGGUUGGCCUCUAUGGUCUGAUAUGGCUACAAGCUCUAAUUGGCAUUGUAAGGCCACAAAGGGGGUCCAAAGGAAGAAGCAUGUGGUUUUUGGUGCAUUGGAUGCUUGGAACUGCAGUAUCUCUGCUUGGGGUACUCAACAUAUACACAGGUUUAGUAGCCUACCAAGAGAAGACAUCAAAAGGCAUAAAGUUUUGGACCAUAGUUUUCACAGCUGAAGUAUGUUUCAUUACCUUCUUCUACCUGUUCCAAGACAAAUGGGUUUAUAUACAUAAGCAAGGAGUGAGUUUGGGUAAUGAAUCCAAAGGGGCCACCACAGAUCAAGUGGUUUUGCCAAGAGACAAGCAAAAGGAAGUUGCCCCGGCAGAGUCUUGUUAAGAAAGAACUCGGUGAUGGUGUCCAUAGCAGGUGAAAAUUGGGUGUUGGGAUGAGGAUCUCUUGAAUAAUAAGAUGAAUCGCUGAUGUUUUCUAGCUUGCUAGUAUUUGAAGUUUGCGAUUUCAUUAACCGCACAAACAAUGCAGAAAUUACCAAAGUUGAAUUUAACUGUGUCAAGCUCAUUAAGAUACUUCAGACUAUAAGUGAUAUAGAAUCUCUGGCCAAAAUGAAAUAGUUUUGCUUUCAUGCACAGCUCAUUGCUGAAGCUAACCAAACUUAACAGAAACCAGAUACAGUUACGUAAA